CUGCUACAGAAAUAAACCUCCUUGACACACAGCUAGCAGAGAGGGUGUCCGCAUUGACUGUCAAUGCCACACCAGUUCACUGAGUUUGUGUAGGUCAGCAGGAGACUGGUUUUAGAAUAAAUACAAGACAAGCUUAAUACCUAGUCAGAGAAGUUUGAGUCGUCAAUAGUCAUUUUUAGAUCCUUGAGGGGGGGAUUCUAAAGUAGCUAUCGGGUGUUAGCUCCCAUACACGCUAUUUGAAAGUUAAUAUUAGUAAUUUAUCUCAAUUUAACAGGUGGGGCAGUAGGAAGUCAGCGGAUCGGGGGGAAAAAUCCAACUCAUUUAAUUGUUUGAAGCCUUUUCAGUUAGCCUUAGGUGAUAUUAAGUCCCUCUACAGCAAGGUGACAGUGACGAGCAGCGAUGGACUUCGUUGCAGGAUGCAUCGGAGGUGCUGCUGGAGUCUUGGUUGGACACCCUUUUGACACGGUUAAGGUGAGACUGCAAGUGCAGAGUGUUGACAAGCCUCUGUACCGAGGGACCUACCACUGUUUCCAGUCCAUCAUACGGCAGGAGUCGGUAAUGGGUUUGUACAAAGGUAUUGGAUCCCCCAUGAUGGGCCUUACUUUCAUCAAUGCAAUAGUGUUUGGAGUUCAAGGAAACACCAUGAGGUGGCUGGGACAUGACACCCCUACAAACCAGUUUGUCGCUGGAGCAGCAGCAGGUGCAAUCCAGUGCAUCAUCUGCUGCCCCAUGGAACUGGCCAAAACCCGCAUGCAGAUGCAAGGAACCGGAGAGAAGAAGUCCACUAGGAAGCUCUACAAGAACUCCCUCGACUGCUUGGCUCGCAUCUACAACCGGGAGGGUCUCUUGGGUGUAAACAGAGGCAUGCUGACCACGCUGAUCCGUGAGACACCCGGCUUCGGUGUGUACUUCCUGGCCUAUGAUGUGCUGACACGCAGCCUUGGCUGUGAGCCAGAUGACCGCUACAUGAUCCCCAAACUGCUGUUCGCUGGGGGCAUGGCUGGCAUCGCGUCCUGGCUCUCCACCUACCCAGUAGAUGUGAUCAAAUCACGCCUGCAGGCAGACGGGGUGGGUGGAGUGAACCAGUACAGCAGUAUCGCUGACUGUGUGCGGCAGAGCGUCAAGAGAGAGGGUUACAUGGUGUUCACACGCGGCCUCACCUCCACGCUGCUACGAGCCUUCCCUGUGAACGCUGCCACUUUCGCCACCGUCACUCUCGUCCUCAUGUACUCUAGAGGGGUGGAGGAGGGACCCAAAGAAUGUGAGGCGGUUCAGCCAAGUCACCAUGCACAGAUACAGCCGCAGGCCCAACCCUCCAGCCUGUGACAGUACAGAGGUGUCACCCUCAAUCUGGGCACUUUAUAAGAGCAAGGGAAGAGGAAGUUAUUCAUACAAACCCUUUACUACUGUCUGACUCUUUUUCACAUCUGACCAGACAUUCCCAAGUCAGAGUCAGAAAGUACCUGCUUUCUAUCUUCUCUACAGACUGGUUUUUACUUUCAUGACAAAAAGGAACACAUUAGUAUUUAUUUUUAGCAAUAACUUGAAGUUGCAGUUUGCCUCUGAUGAUGCAGCCUUGUUAAAAGGAUGGUGUAACAUCUUAAUUAAUGGGGCGGUCUGACCUACGACAUUCAUAAAUCAUUUUAACAGCAGCUUUUAUUCAUGAAAACUCUCUUGUAUGACACCCAUCCAAACCUGUUACUGAGCCACACCACUCUGCUGGUGUGUUUAGGUUGACAUCUCUUGCAUUUAUCUUGAAAUUUGUAGUUUUAACUGAAAUUGUAUAUACCACUGAUUUUGAUUGAUUUCUUUUUUUUUAUGUAUGUUUGAAACAUUAUUCCUGCCUUAAGAGAUGGAUACUUUUAUUUUGUGGACAUAACUGCUUCUGGACUGUAUCCUCUGAAGAGCCACGCAAAGAGAGAGGGAAUGUAGCAUUUGAUAAGCGUGAAGAACUUAUCAAAUUUUGUCCAAUUCAAACCAAAAAAUCCUUUAUCAACUGUAACCUGAUAAUCACUGAAGUACUGAUGGUCCACACAGCUCCUGUUAGAAUCCUAUUUAACACAAAAACACUGGUCUGAAGGCUCUUGAAGGAAACAUCUGUAUAUAGAUCUUGUGUGUAGAUGGCGUUUUGUUUUAUGCUUGUUUUGGUUGUUUGUCUGGUAGUGUGUGUUUGACUGGAUAAUGUGAAGUUUUCCCAUUCUGUCUUUACUGCUGUCCUGAUCCAGGAGUAGAACAUGGCGCUACAUGUGGCACUGAUCCAACUAUUUAAUCUCUAUGAAUCACUUUUUAAAGAUACGUGAAUGUUCUUAAGCUGAGUAGAAUACGGUUAUUGCAGGGUCAGAAACAAAGAAUAUGUGAGGCCAACGAAUGCCCAAAAUAUCUUCAUUUUGCUGCAGUCUGACUCUGAGUUUCUUUCAAGUGCAUUCUAGUCAGAAAAUUUGUAUACAUUUGUACCAACAACCCCCCAAACUUGUUCACAGAACUGGCCCGAGGACCUUUUCUGCAUUAUAUAACCUGCGGUGUGACUGAAAACAAUAUGUGAACUCAUGUUAGGGCUGAAAGAACGAGUGGUUGAGGGCAAAAUCUGCUAGAAAAGCAAUCAAAUCCUGACGAAUGGUUCAUUUCUGUGAUUGCUUCUUUUAUUUUUUGAGAGAAAAACCUGCAUGGAGUGACCCUGUGGAAAAUUUUAAAUGUAUUGCGUCACUAAACUUGAUGAGAUGUGUAUAUUUGUGUACCAAUAGUUCAUAUACUGUACCUAAUCUGGAUUGGUGCUUUAAUAAGAGAUUUUUUUUUUUUGAGGCAACCAUGAGAGCUAAGGUUAGUUGCUUGUGAGUGGAAGUUGUCUGCUUUUUGCAUGUGCUUGGCCAGUAUCAUAUUUUUCUCUGUUUUCUAUGUCUAAGAUUAUUUGUAGUUUCUUGCUUUAAGUCAACGGCAACAGCUUUCCCAAGCUCUUUCCGAAGUUGCGAAACUAGCAACAAUAUCAAAUAACUUCUGUCAAUAAUCUGUGAAUACUGUCUACGCUGUAUGACCAAAAGUCAAGGGACAACAGACUGUCACAGCUGUAAGAACUCUGUUGACUUCAUAUUUAACUGUGGGGAUGGAUAUAAAGUAACAGCCCAAAUUCAGCUAGAGUAGCUGAAGUAUUCUUUAUCCUGUUGCAUUAUGGAGACCCUUUACUGGAAUAAAGACAGGCAGUGUAAACUAAUCCAAUCCACUUUUUCAGGAAGCACAUUUUCGAAAACAGAAACCAAAAAAACAGCUCCAGGCUAUUGUCCCUUCUCCUCCUUACUUUUGCUCAUACACUAUUUGAAAGACUGUUUGAGAAUAAGUCACAGGUGCACUAAAACCUCUUGAGUAUCUUGAAUGUAUCCCACCUGUACUCACUCGCAGGUGUUCUGACUGACUGAGUUCAAAGUCUAAAUCAUUUCUCAGAGCCUUGUUGUAACUUUGCUUGAACUGCUGCUGAAAUGCUGCUAAGAAACCUGAGAACCUGAAGGCUGCGCUCUGGUUUGAUGUUGUGUGAGGGUGACUUAUGAACUAAUGAACUAAUGAAAAGGGAUAUUUGCUUUGUCUGUUGACGUUGCUUAUGUUUAAUCAAUAAUUCCACCCAUAAACAGCAGCUGUUAACUGUAUUUCAAUAAUCUAGAAUAUGUCUCUGAUUUAGUGAUCGCUAUUUUACAUCAAAGUUUCAGUUCUGCUGUUGUUCAGGAUGCAAUAUGUACAGGAUAUAACCAUUAAUGUGAGAUAUUAAUAACGUGGUUUUGUAAAUAUAUACACAUACAACAUAUAUUUUUCUGUCCAAAGUAGUUGUGUGCUUUCCUGAAUGUUUGGACAGUUUCUAAAACUCUGUGUGAUCAGUUUGCGAUAGCUCUCACACAGAUGAGAUUAUACAUACAGAACUGAGACUUGAUAUUUUUGUAACAUAGUCAUACUCAACCUAUUUGUCUACAUUUGUCACUGGAGAUCUGUACAAAUGGAUAAAUAAAACUAAUUCAGAAUCUG